AUGAGCAUGAGCGAGACGCUCGGGGACGUCGUUGAUUCGUCGGAGGAUCAUCAGUCCCAGUUCCCAUGUAAGGGAAUGAUACAGACUCCAUGGGCAGACGCAGUCCACGACGAUGUGAGCGUUCUGAGCGACGGCGAUGCUCAAAAGAUCCUUCCAUAUGAGGCGGAUGAUUCACCGUAUCCCGAGGUGCGCGCUGUCGUGCAGCCGGUUGACGAUGUGAGCUUGUCGCUGAAUACGAUGCGUAUGUGGGUAAUUGGCGUCAUCUUUACCAUUGUGGGGAGUGGACUGAAUCAAUUCUUCAGUCUGCGACAGCCCAGUGUCACUAUCAGUGCCCUUGUCGCCCAGCUCGUGGCAUAUCCGAUCGGUUGCGCCUGGGCAAGAUGGAUGCCAAUCGGCCUGUUAAAUCCCAACCAUCACUUCAACAUCAAGGAACAUGCUUUGAUAACCAUCAUGGCCAAUGUCUCUUUUGGAUCUGCUGCUGCGACCCAGAUAAUCGAGGCCACGGUGAAGUUCUACGGCAUGCCAUCCCGCGGUGGCUUUGAGGUCCUUCUGACCGUCACCACACAAUUACUUGGCUUUGGUUUGGCGGGAAUGGCCUCGCGCUGGCUCGUCGUCCCCGCCACGAUGAUAUGGCCGGGAGUACUAUCCAAUGCUGCACUCCUGUCAACAUUACAUUCGCAAACGAAUCUUCUUGCAGAUGGUUGGAUCAUUACUCGCCUUCGAUUCUUUCUCGUCGUCUUCAUUGCCGGUGCCGUUUGGUACUUUGUCCCAGGUUAUCUCUUUACCGCCCUAAGUUUCUUCAGUUUCGUCUGCUGGAUUGUUCCGCACAACGUUGUUGUCAAUCAGCUGUUUGGUCAACGGACUGGACUCGGGAUGUCGCUUCUGACAUUUGAUUGGGCGCAGGUGGUCUUCGCUAAUCAAAGUCCCCUGCUUGUUCCCUUCUGGGCGGGACUCAAUGUGAUGGGAUCGUUCGUCUUGUUCUACUGGAUUAUUUGUCCUAUAAUCUAUUACACCAACACGUGGUACUCGGCUUAUAUGCCCUUGAUGAACUCCAACACGUUUGACAAUACCGGAUACCCCUACCGCACUAUGAAAGUGAUGCGCAGUGAUGGGACUGUCGAUGUAGAGGCAUACAAGAACUACUCGCCCAUGUUCCUUCCGGCCGGGUAUGCACUGACGUAUGGGAUCGCUUUUGCCAACCUUACAGGUAUAUUUUUUCAUGUUGCGCUGUACAAUGGCAAAGACCUUUGGGAGCAGUGGAAAGGAAGAAAUCAGAAGGAUGUCCAUGCGCGAUUGAUUGCAGCCUAUAAAGCCGUUCCCUGGUGGUGGUUUGCUGUUAUCACUAUCAUCAUAUUUGCUCUCAGCAUUGUGACCAAUGAGGUCUGGGAAACAGGGCUUUCAGCAUGGGCGGUUGUGGUGGCAUUCAUCCUCCCGGCGAUCUAUUUCAUUCCUGUUGGGAUCAUCAAAGCUACAACCAACAUUAGUAGCAAUCAAUUGAAUCUGAUCACCGAGUUUAUUGGCGGAUAUGCUUUUCUUGGACGACCUGUUGCCAACAUGGCUUUCAAAUUCUACGGCUACGUCGCCGUGUCUCAGGGAUUAGAGUUUGUGGCUGAUAUGAAACUGGCUCAUUAUCUUCAUAUCGCUCCUCGAACGCUGUUCAUGGCCCAAGGGGUAGCCACCCUCAUUGGAGCCGUCGUUCAAUGCGGUGUGACUGUCUUCAUGCUUACGAGGUUCGAUGACAUUUGCACGCCAGACGCGGAUGGAGGCUUCACCUGUCCUCAUGGCCAAGUGACGUAUUCGUCUUCUUUGAUCUGGGGCGGCCUUGGUCCUGGCCGGAACUUCUCCCCUGGUCAGAUCUAUGGUAACCUGCUUUGGUUCUUCCUUGCCGGGCCUGUCGUUAUCGUCAUCACCUAUCUUCUCGGGCGCCGCUGGAAGUGGCUGAACAAGAUAUCAUGGCCUGUGGCAUUCGGGGCCAUGAGUCUCGUCCCGCCCGCGACGGGGAUCAACUUCUCGUCGUGGUGGGUGGUGAACAUGAUUUUCAACGGCAUCAUCAAGCGGCGCAAGCCUGCUUGGUGGUCCAAGUACAACUACGUCCUUUCCGCCGCCCUCGAUUCCGGCGUCGCUGUGGCCACUGUUGUCAUUUUCUUCUGCAUUAUUCUUCCUGCUGGGCCGCUGCACUGGUGGGGAAAUGAGGUGUUUCUCGAGACGGCAGAUAGUAAAGGCACGCCAUGGAAGCCUCUACCUGAAUCCGGAUAUUUCGGGCCUGCGAAGGGCACAUGGGAGUGA